GAAGGUUUUUGAAAAAACAGCCAUCGCGUUCAUCGCUGGCUAAUUCGCGAGACGUGGUGCCGGUAAUAUUUAAUAGAAAAAUAAGGCUCGUUGCCUUUUCGUGUUGCGUUCGUGACGGAAUAUCGGACCGAACUGGACUUCGCGCUUUAACGGAGAUCGCGCUCGUGCGGACCUGAAAUCGCCGCGGAGAAACUACAAAAAUAACACCGCAGGCAGGCUAGUCCACAUACUAGCUUGUCAUAGGCAACAAGGGGAAUUUAGCGGGCAACUCAGUUAGCGGCUAGUUAUGUCUUUUCGCCGACAGAACCAACCUGGACCCGGUGGCCGCAAAACAUCCAAUGGAACUUCAGGGUCAAUGGCUUCAUCCGUUCCGGGGAGCAACUCUAACAGACCCAACCCGGGGAGAAACAGAAACUCCGUGAAGACUCCUUCACAGUCACCACCUGUGUUUGAAGGUGUGUACAACAACUCCCGGAUGCUCCAUUUUCUCACAGCCGUCGUGGGCUCCAGAUGUGAUGUUAUGGUGAAGAACGGAAGCUUGUAUGAGGGAAUCUUUAAGACGUUAAGCUCACGUUGUGAGCUGGCAGUUGAUGCUGUGCACAAGGUGAAGAAUGAGGAAGGAGAUGGAGGCGGUGGAGGCGGCACAGCUGUCCAUCCCAGGAAAGAAGAGAUCACAGACACCAUGAUCUUUGGCCCUAGUGACCUUGUCACUAUGAUCUGCAGAGACGUAGACCUCAACUACGCUACCCGAGACACUUUCACAGACUCUGCAAUUGGCUCAUCAAGAUUAAACGGUGACCACAGAGAGAAGGUCCUCCAGAGGUGGGAUGGAGGCGACAGCAAUGGAGAGAACUUUGACUUGGAUGCAGAGACGGCUAAUGGCUGGGAUGCCAGUGAGAUGUUCCGCUUUAAUGAGGAGACCUAUGGGGUGAAGUCCACCUAUGACUCCAGUCUCUCCAUGUACACGGUUCCUCUGGAGCGGGGCAGCUCUGAGGGCUUCAGGCAGCGAGAAGCUCGUGCUGCCCGAUUGGCCAACGAGAUCGAGGCUAGUUCACAGUAUCGCCACAGAGUGGCGCUGGAGAAUGACGAGGGAAGAACUGAUGAAGACAAAUUCAGUGCAGUGGUUCGAGACCGGGACCGUGAAGCAGCAGAAAAAGAAAGGGGAAGAGAUAGCCCUGGGUUCUCCAGUGCUGGGAGCAGGGAGGGCAAAUACAUUCCUCUACCCCAGAGAGCAAGGGAGCGCGAGAUGGGAGUGACUGGCAGGGGUGACAGAGGUGGAGCCGUGUCCACCCUGCCCAAUCGAACAAAUCGACCCGGACCAUCAAGCUCCUCCCCUAGACCCCUCCCCUCUGCUAGCAGCCAGGCCCUUCCUCCCACUGACAGGAACAGCUCUCUGUCAGUCAGAGGAGGAUUCUCUGCACACCAAUCACAGAGCAGCCCACCUACACAGCCCCGGCCCUCAGAGCCAGGUCACUCCAGUCCUCCUUCCCCACACACACUCUCACAUUCACUCUCACACCCUCAGUCUCUCUCAGACGUGGCCCGGCCUGUCAAUGGAGUUUCACCCAAGUCUCAAAGGACUGGGCAGACUAACAGAAACAUGCGUACCUCAAACUCCCACUCCUCCCCUACAGUCUCUCGUUCCCCUAAGCCAGAUGCUCCUCCUCAGGACCCUCUUCUGACUGGAUCUUAUUUGGACACUUCAUCCAAACCCAUUGGCCCCACUCCUCUGUUCACUGUAGAUGUAAAUGAAAUCCUGUCCAAGGAAAGGAUGGAGAGUCCAGCUAGUCCGCAGGAGGGCAAGAGCAGCAAAGUCCCUUCAGUCCAGCAGAGAACACAAAUCGAGGAGCUUCGCAAGUUUGGAACUACUUUUAGGCUACAGCAAAGCUCCAACCCCAAAACAUUGGCCCCUGAAUCUCCUCAAGCAAACCCCGCCCACAACACACAGACAGACCCCGCCCCUCCUACAGAAGCAAAACCUGCCACGCCCACAACCCCAAACACAGAGCUUUCUGCGGAGGAGCGAAGUAGAGAGACUAAUUCAGGGGGGGCAGCGACCUCCACCCCUCCUCCGGCCACAUCCAUCUCUGCACCGUCUGGGAUUGGCAUGCAAAAUCCACCUGCAGAAGGGCAGACGGCGGGGGUGCCCCAACCUGCAAGGACCCCAGGCAGUGAGGAUGGCAAACCAGAGGCCCUUGAGAGAUCUGAGGGCAUGACCGAUCAGGUGAAGAAAUCCACACUCAACCCCAACGCCAAAGAAUUCAACCCCACCAAGGCUCCUCUUAGCAUGGUGAAGCCAUCGGCGACUCCCACACCACCACGACCAACCCCACCCAGCCCUACAGUCGUGCUGCAGACCCAACCAGGCCAGGGAGCCAUUUAUAACCCCCAGUACCUGAGCUACGUCUCCCAAGUACCCAUCCAGAUGCAGCCUCAGAUCCCAUAUCCAUAUUCCAUGACAACAGUUAAUCAAGGGAAGUACGCAAGAACAAAAGGUUCUGUGGUGACUCCUCGUCCAGACCACAGCUCUUCAGCGCCCCCUAUGCUCCAGGCCGCAGCAUCAGCAGCAGGACCUCCUCUGGUGGCGUCUCCUUACCCUCCCUCAUAUCUGCAGUAUAACCAGGUCAUCCCAGCAAUGCCCCACUACCCUGGGCACCAGGUGUACUCGAUGCUCCAGAGUGGACCGCGGAUGCUUGGAUCAGGAGGGCACCCACAGGCUCUGGGACCUCCAGGCCCCCAGUAUCCAGGUCAGACUGAAGGUCCAUCUGCCCCUCAACAGGGGAUGUAUGCUCCGCAGUCAUUCUCUCAUCACUCGGGCUCCAUUCAUCCUCAGCCCUCCAGCACGCCCACAGGCAGCCAGCCACCCCCUCAACACCCCGCUCCCAGCCCGGGACAGUCUGGUCAGUCUGGUCCUCAGCCUCAGUCUUUGUAUCACUCUGGGCCGCUGUCAGCCCCAACCCCCCCAAACCUUCCUCCAGGACACAGCUCUCCACAGGCCUCCUACUCCCUUCAGAGCUACAGUAUACAAGGACACCCACCGCUGCCGCACCCUUACUCCUCUCUGGGACAGCUCACACAGGCUCAUGUUUCCGGUGCUCUGUCGGGUCCUCAUCACACAGGAGGCCACGGUCCUCCGCCAGUGAUGCUGCUUCAUGCUGCCCCUCAGCAGGGUUCUGGCCCUCAACACGGCCCGCCACCACAGCAGGGGGCCCACCAGCACUUCACCUACCUAGGACCUCAGGUUGAAUUUCUUGCCCAAAGCCAACAACAACUCUUUUAGAGCUUCCAGAAUGCCAGUGCAGGCUCACAAUCCCCAGCAGAUUCCAUAUCACCCUUCUGGAAACUGACAGACUGAGAGAGAAAGAGACAGCGCCCCCAUCUGGACCUUUGUGUGACCGCAUAUGUACAUAAUCUCCACCUGCUUCACCAACGAGGACAAAAAGAUUUCGCUUUUACCUCUGGCAAGACUGAAUGUUCUGGUUUUAUUUAGUUUUUUUUUUUCUUUUCUUUUCUUCUUCGUCAUUUUUAAUUUGAGUGGACGGAGACACGCAGUGUCUAAAAGCAGAAAGACGAAAUGAGUGAGUGUGCAAGACAAAACAAAAAUGAACAGAAUGAGGGACAUUUUUAUAAAAAUACAGUGACCUCUCCCUUUGUCCUCAAACCCCCCCUUAUUAAAUAAGCAAAUAAUAAAUGGUUAAAAAAAGAACAAAAAAAUAAAAAAAGUGUAUAAAAAUAAAUUUUUAAACUCUC